CUCGCGUAUAAAACCGAUGAUCGUACUAUAUUUCGACUCAAUAGAAAACACACUAUCAGGUCUUAGCCCUCUCCUGAAUUACAACCAUGAAAUUCAUCUCACUCAACACUAUGAUCAUUUCUGCCGCAGCAAUCGCUGUCACGGCUACUGCACUGCAAAUAAUCGGCAUCCCCUGCGCAUACCCUGACGAAGUCGUGUGCGGAGGGAUCCCGGGUUUUAACUUCGGCUACCCGAUCUGGGCUCAUUGUGGACCGUCCGGCACAAUCACUAGCUAUAUAAAUUGUACCUGUCCCACAUGCUGCCUGCUAGACGAUCCAUAUACGACAUGCGAUGGGUGUUCAUCAUCAGGAAAAAGCUCCUGUGCAACCUAGGGAAGUUUGGAUCUAAUUCGAAUAAUUCCCGAUAAUGUUGUAUAAAGUAGACAAAUUAGCCAAUUAAAAAGACUCUUUCCCCCC